AUGGGAAGUUCUACUGCACUCGCCGUACAGCCCGGACCUGGCCGCGACUACCACCUCUUCCGAUCGCUUCAGCAUCACCUGGAAGAGAAGCGCUACGAUGAUCGUGAGCACCUCGAAAAUGACCUUUGGACUUUCUUCGCCUCCAAGUCGCUGGAGUUCUACGCCAAAGGAAUCCGUGAUCUUGUGAGACGUUGGCAGAAGGUUAUCGAUGUUGAUGGAGAUUAUUUCGUCGAAUAA